GCAUCACUCAAAUAACUGGUAUUUCUUCAAUGUAAAUGGAUUUUUUAAAAUUUUUUGUGGCUUUGAGUAAAUUUCAUUACAGUUAUCAAACUAUUACAUGCAGAAAAAAAUAUUUUACCUUUUUGCAAAUAAAUUUUUUAUCCUAAUAUGAAAUUAAAUUAAAAAAAGAAGUUUUGUUGAUAUCUAAUCUGAAUAAAUAGUUUAUUAUUUGUAUUUUGUGGAAACCUUUACAUAGAAAAUAAGGUAGCGUUUGUUGUGCAAUUAAAAAUCCACAGGGAGAGCUCGAUCACAAAAUGCGUCCUAAAGCACCAUCUUCAUUAGAUAUGUUUGAUUCUUGUGGUUGUUUGCCCGUUACAUCAAAAACGAAACGUUCUUUAAAAAGAAGAAAAGCAACUUUUUCUGAUUUUCCCUUCAAACUUGCUAAACAAAAUGACAAUUGGACUAAUAGAUGCACACUGUCUUUAUCUACUCCAUGUACUUCGUCUAUAAGUAAUUGUCCACCUUCUAAAGUAUUACCAUUCUUAUACCUCGGAUCAGAAGAAGAUGCACAAUCAGAAGAUCUUUUACGCACCUGUAAAGUAAAAUACGUACUAAAUGCUAGUCUAACAGCAGCAGAUACACCCCAUUGUACUUCUGGAUACUAUCUACGAAUUCCUAUUUCUGAUUCGUUGAACGAAAAUAUAACGGAAUGGUUUCAAAUAGCAUUUGACUUUAUAGACAAAGUUAAAGAGAGCGACGACAAUCUACUCCUACACUGCGUAGGCGGAGUCUCUCGUUCCGCAGCUUUUGCUAUUGCAUAUGUCAUGAAACACUUAUCAUUAUCGUUAGACAAUGCUUAUCGUUAUGUCAAAAAUAAAAGACCAACAAUUUCACCAAAUCUUAACUUUAUGGGCCAGCUUAUGCAGUACGAAGAGAUUUUACAACAAAAAAAGAACUUACUUUAUUCGCCUUUGUCAGAAGUUGGAAUGGAAAGUUUAAACAUAUCAACAAAUGACCAAAGCUUGGUAUCUACACCUACGUCACCAAAUGUUGUUAUAGAAGUCACAUCUUUUACAGGAACUGCAACAGAUGGGUUUUACUUUCUUAAUCAAAAUGAACUGAAUAAAAAAUGUGACUAUGCAUCUAAGAUUGAUAAUAACUAUACAUUUACAGAAAUUUCAGUGUUAGAAUGAAUUAGAAUUUUAGAUAUAUUAGUGCCGCGUAAUGCGGAUAUUGAAAUUAAUUUCGAAGAGGAUAACGCAUAUAGCUAUUGGCA